UCACGCACUCUCUUUCAUGGAUGGCCAAUCUCCCUCUGUUGUUUCCUCAGAAGCCCUAGCCUCCUAUCAUACAGGUUCAUGCUACAACAAUUACUUCGAUGCAUAUUCCCAAAGCCCUUCGAGCAAUCAAAACUCUCAAGAAAAUCAUAACCAUGUUCAGGCGCCUGAAAAUUCUGGUCCAGAUCAAGCAUCAGAGGAGCAAAAAAUUGGCGAAUCUACUCUGAAGCUCGAGAUACAGAGGCCGCUGUUGUCCGGAAAUGGAUUGACAAAAACUCACAGCAGCAACGAUAGGGACCAAUCAGGCGGUGAGGAAGAAACCAGCAGUAGAAGGAGAAGAAGGAGCCGUUGGGACCCACCUCCUACUGAAGAUGGGACCGCUGGGACUGGUGGAAGAAAGAGGAAGUCCAGGUGGUCCGACGAUGACCCCAAACCCCUAACUCAAUUGCCUGAUUUCAUGAAAGAUUUUACUGGAGGUAUUGAGUUUGAUCCUGAAAUCCAAGCUCUUAAUAGUAGAUUACUUGAAAUUAGUAGGAAAUUACAAUCCGGUAUGCCCUUGGAUGACAGACCUGAUGGUGCUCGAUCGCCUUCCCCUGAACCUAUAUAUGAUAAUAUGGGAGUUCGGGUUAACACUAGGGAGUACCGCGCCCGAGAAAAAUUGAAUAGGGAGAGACAAGAGAUAAUAUCACAAAUCAUUAAGAAAAACCCUGCUUUUAAGCCUCCUGCUGAUUAUAGGCCUCCUAAGCUUCAAAAGAAGCUCUACAUUCCCAUGAAGGAGUACCCUAGUUAUAAUUUUAUUGGACUGAUCAUUGGUCCAAGAGGGAAUACUCAGAAGAGGAUGGAAAAGGAGACAGGAGCAAAGAUUGUAAUUCGAGGCAAAGGGUCGAUCAAGGAGGGUAGGUUCCAGCAAAAGGGGAAUUUAAAACCCGAUCCUUCAGAGAACGAAGAUUUACAUGUGUUGGUGGAAGCUGACAAUCAGGAGUCACUUGAAGCUGCUGCUGCUAUGGUGGAGAAGCUCUUGCAGCCUGUUGAUGAAGUGCUCAAUGAACAUAAGAGGCAACAGCUUAAGGAACUUGCUGCGUUGAAUGGAACUAUUAGAGAUGAGGAGUUUUGUAGGCUAUGUGGUGAACCAGGGCAUAGGCAGUAUGCAUGUCCUUCUCGCACCACCACCUUUAAGAGUGAAGUUCUCUGUAAAAUAUGUGGUGACGGUGGACAUCCCACUAUCGACUGUCCAGUGAAAAAUACUACUGGCAAGAAAAUGGAUGAUGAGUACCAGAAUUUUCUGGCAGAAUUGGGAGGUACCAUUCCUGAAUCAUUAACAAAGCAAAACUCGGCAACGCUAGCUCUUGGAGUGGGAAACUCAGGAAGCAAUCCUCCUUGGGCAAGCAGUAAAAAUGAUGGUGCCACUUCACUUCCUGGCUUAGGGUCAAGUGUACUAAAGCCAAAGGAGUUUGAUGAGACAAACUUGUACAUUGGUUACUUGCCACCUACUCUUGAAGAUGAUGGUUUGAUCAAUUUAUUUUCUCCAUUUGGUACCAUUGUGAUGGCUAAAGUUAUAAAGGAUCGUCUCAGUGGUCUGAGUAAAGGUUACGGAUUUGUUAAGUUUGCGGAUGUUGAACAAGCUAAUACUGCUAUAACUAGCAUGAAUGGCCACCGCCUUGAAGGAAGAUCAAUCGCUGUGAGAGUUGCAGGUAAGCCGCCUCAGCCUACUGUGCCUCCAGGACCUGCUCCAGCAAUACCUUCAUACCUGGUUCCUAAUCAGGGCAUGGGCGCAUAUCCGUCGCAGCAGUAUGCAGCGGGUGGUCCUAUUGGCAAUGCUCCCCCCGGUGGCUAUCUCCCACCUGGUGCUUCAGUUUCAUGGGGACCACCUGUGCCUCCACCAUAUGCCCAGUACCCACCUCCUUCUCCUGGCUCAGCCAUGUAUCCUCCUGUCCCAGGUCAACCCAUCCCUCCAUAUGGAAUGCAGUAUCCUCCUCCAAUUCCAGCAGCAUCUUCUGGUGCCCCUGCUCAGACUGUUUCUUCCGGUGAACAAUCUUAUACAUCUGCUGGUGAGGCACAACAAAGCUAUCCUCCUGGAGUGCAAUCUCAGAAUAGUGCACCUGCUCCUUCAGUUCCUACUUAUGUGUAUGGCAAUUCUGUCACACCUAAUGCUCAACCUGCAUACCCAACAUCUUCAUACAGUUAUCCAUCUUAUUAUGGUUUCACACCACCACCUCCUCCUCCUUCUGCAUCCCAGUCCAAUGGGAACCAUUCACAGGGUAUGAGCAAUGUUCCCUGGACUCCAAAUCCACCAGCUCACACACCUCCAUCAUCUGCAGAGAAGCCUGCUUAUGGUGCGGAUGCAGAAUAUGAGAAGUUCAUGUCAGAAAUGAAGUCAUGAUUCUAUUGCUGUAUCACCCUGCACCAUUAGAGAGAUGAGACACUCAGUUCAUUCAGCUUGUGUUGCAGCAUUAAAUCAGUGGAUUAUGGAUAUUAAUUAUGCAUUUUGUAGGAUUCGUUUCUGGGGAUUUCCUUCAAGCAUUGUUUUUCAAAUUCUAGUUUAAUGAUUUGUUGGAAUUUCUUGAUGACUAAUCACUGACAGUUUGUGUGUUUCUCUCCGCUUUGACUUCUUCACCACUAAUCUCCUUUGCUUGUCUCUUC